ACGGGGUGUAGCGCGACGUCGAUUAAUAAUAAUGGCUGGUGGGUCCCAGGAAUGGUCACAUGAUCGUGAAACGGGGGUAAGGGGCAGUAGCGUGGCAGGAAGAGGAGAGCACGUGAUAACAGUCUUGGCGGUUAGCGAGACGUCAAAAACAGCAUCAAGUGUAGCCAUUUUUAGGGGCUUGCUAACUGUAUCAACGUAUAAUAGAAAAGUCAAUUAUUUAGAAUUUCUUAUUAUUUUUUAGCAUAGUGUUUUGAUAUAGCUAAAUGUCAUUUUGAGCAUUUCGAACCUAUACCCAAAAUGCUUAGUGCAAAUAUUCCGACAGACGGCCCUUAUCACAUGACUUCUCUUCGUUUUUAACAUUUUUAGCAACUCUGAAGUCCAGUUAGCACCCGCGGAGCGUACUAUCAGACAUAAGCUACCUCGGCCAUGAAGACUGCUGCAAAGCGAAGAGCUGAGGCCAACCCCGCCGAAAAGGGAAAGCAAGGUUGCUGGACAUGCAAGAGGCGGAAGAUUGGUUGCGACAAAGGCGUUCCAUCGUGCGACAACUGCCGACGCACCGGGAGAGAUUGUCUUGGCUACAGCGUGCGUCUUGUUUGGCCAGACCAGCCUGACGGACGGAGACGCCGCCUACUCUUUCCACCUUAUGAUUGGUAUUAUUGCCCUCCAUCCCUAAUAGUCUCGUACGGGUCGCAGUUUCUCAACACUACCUUUGAUGAUCUGCGUCAGCCUUCCUGGCCUAGUAUUAAUGACAUUAUCAAUCGAGUAAUCGGCGCCCAUCCUCUGUCGCUCCGGCCUUCAGCCUGUCUUUCUAGUUAUCCCCAUCUACUCGGUAGCGAACCGAGUAUCUUGCAAUACUGUGAUCGAAUAUCGCGCAUGAUAUCGACCAUUGACACGACCAACGGGUUUCGCUCCGAACUCAUACCCAUGGCUCUCGCUUCUUCCAGUGCUGCAUCGCUAGCUCUGUGUAAUGCCAUUCUGGCGGUGUCAGCCUUUCACAAAUGCGGAGUGACAGCCGCCUUGCCGUUCAAGGCCAAGGCCGUACGAUGUCUCUCGUCGUCGCUGUCAUCAGAAACUUGUGGUGGUGCAGCUAUUAUGAACACCCAACUUGCUACAUCGAUGAUGCUCUGUGUCUACAGUGUCUUUGACGAAACAGACGGGAAUUGGUAUUCUCAUCUAGACGGAGCAAAAGCCAUGUUCUACCAUCUGUCGGCUAUGUCUGGGGGAAAGCUACGCUAUCAAUUCUUGUAUACAUGGCUAAUUUACCACGAAGUUCUCGGUGCCUUCAGUCAGCCGCUACAGCAUAUCCAGCACAAGACAUCUUCCAUUGAUCUUCUGACAGACGUCAACUUCGAUAAAACUGCCGUUAUUGGAUCUCUGGGGUGUUCUCUAGAAGUCCUAGAAGCAAUUCACUGUCUGAAUAAAAUACGAUGCGCUAUUAUGGCAGGUCCUCCUGAAAUCACAGAGGCUCUCAUCCUGGAAAGAAGACUCGUCUCCCUGACGCAAUGCGUGGAUCCUAUAGACAGUCCUCCGUCUCAGAAUGUCGGUGCCGAAGAGCGCCCCAAGGUCCUUUUGACCGCCGAGCUCUACAGGAUAGCAGCCUUGUUAUACCACCACCGUGUUCAUGCAUAUUAUUUAGACAGGUGCAAAGAGAGAAACUUUUACCUGAAACAAGCAUUUCAAAUACUUUGCCAGCUGCCAAUAUGCACAAGUCCUUGGCCCUUGUUCGUCAUCGCUUCUGAGGCUGAGUCGGACGAUCAAAGAUUAGUAAUCCUCCGUAUACUGGACCGUAUGGAUGAGGCCCGCAAAAUAGGCAAUAUCUUCGUCCUGAGAGAUAUUAUCCAGUCACUCUGGAAGCAGCAAGACCUGGCUGCGGACUGUAAGACCAGCGGCAAUCAACCAGGUUGGUCGAAUUCCUGGGACUUACUAUUCCUUGAUUCAAAAAUGGCUGUUCCUUGGUUUAUCUAA